AUGAUUGUGAAGAUAGUCACGACAACAAGGAUUCCUGGAGUGGAGAUUAUUUCGGACAACCGGGACGGAUGCAAUAUUGAAUGCGGCAAGGAGUAUCUGCUGUGGUUUACGAAUGGCGAGGUGACGAUGUGUGCAUUCAAGAAGCUGCUUGAGAUGGGGAAGCAGAUCAUGUUCUAUGUGGAGAAUUUUGAGUUUUUUCUGUACAAAAUGCGGUUGUUUAAGGACAGCACAUUUGAGUUUGUGGAGUGCGAAUCUGAGCAUGGGGAUGGAAGGAUUCAAAGGUACAUGGAUAUAGAAAAUAAGUUGGGAGGAUGUGAUGUGGCACGAGGAGUUGAGGUUUCAUUCAGGCCGGAUGUAUUUGGAUCAAUACGAACUUCGCUUACAAGGCCAGAUGUGUAUAUGUGUGAUGAGAGCAUGAGCACGAUAAUAUAUGCAAAGCUGAGCAAACGAUGCAAGUAUGAGGAUUUGAAGAGGAUGGUGAAGAAUGAUCAUGCAAAUGCAAAGUAUAUGAAUGAAUUAGAUUUUGAUGAUGACUUCGACAGGCAUCUGAGGAGUCUUAUGUUUGUAGGCAUUGUCAAGAUGCAUAGAGAUAUGUUUAGUAGAUGGAACCAAUAG